AUUAGAAAAAAAGAUAAAAUAAAAGCAAGACCUACAAUACAAUUAACCAUAUAUACAUAGAAGAUGAUCUGCGAAGAACAAAUAUGGCGGCAGUAACCAAAUCAAACAUCACAUUUGCCCUAUGCUCACUUCUUUUUCUUGUAAUUCUUUUAUAUCCAACAAAUCAUAUGCAUAGUUUUCCAUCUAUAUCCUAUUUGACAUUAACAUCAACCUCUAGGCUUCUGCAAGAUGAAGCCAUACCCAAGAUCAAAAAAGGAGAUUUCUCACUGGCGAGAAUCGAAGAACAGUUAGCUAAAGCACGAGGCGAAAUUCACAAAGCGAUUGUUGAGAAGAGCUUUGAAUCAAGUAACGCAAAUGAGAGUUUCAUCCCAGAAGGAACCAUUUACAAGAAUCCAUUUGCCUUUUUUCAAAGUCAUAAUGAGAUGAUAAAGACAUUUAAAAUAUGGACUUACAAGGAAGGAGAUCUCCCCUUGAUGCAUUAUGGUCCGAUGAAAUUUGUAUACAGUAUCGAAGGUGACUUCAUCGAAGAGAUGGAGAGAAAAGGAAAUCCUGUGGUGGCUAGAGAUCCAGAUGAAGCACAUGCCUUCUUUAUACCAAUUAGUGUAACAAACAUAAUUCACUACCUUUACAAGCCUAAUGAAACCUUCGGUUUUCUAGAAAGGAUGCAAGCAAUAGUCGAAGACUACAUUGGUGUCAUCGCGGAAAGAUAUCCUUAUUGGAACCGUAGCGAUGGAGCAGAUCACUUCUUUGUCUCAUGUCAUGAUUGGGGGCCCUUUGUUUCACGUGGAAACCCUAAAUUGUUUAAAAAUUUCAUAAGAGUGCUUUGCAAUGCCAAUAGCUCAGAAGGUUUUGCUCCUUACCGGGAUGUAUCCAUGUCCGAGAUUAACGGGCCAUUAGAUAGUAUCCCUAUCGUAAGCAGUGGCCAACCACCUUACAAUCGAUCAAUCCUCGCGUAUUUCUCAGGUGGAAAACAUGGGUUUAUUCGCAAAAGAUUAUUUCAAUAUUGGGGAAACAAAGAAGAUAAUGAUAUUAAAGUCUACAACUACCUUCCUAAAGGUGAAAAUUACACCGAGUUGUUUGGCAAAAGUAAAUAUUGUUUAUGCCCUAGCGGUUACGAAGUAGCAACCAGUAGGUUGAUAGAAGCAAUCCACAUGGGAUGUGUUCCUGUAGUGAUCAAGGAUCACUAUGUUCUACCAUAUAGUGAUGUGUUGGAUUGGACUCAAUUUUCAGUACAAGUAUCAGUAGAUAAGAUUCCGGAACUCAAAAGAAUUUUGCAAGAGAUACCUUUUUCAAAGUAUUCGGAAAUGCACAAAAAGGUAAUUGAAGUGCAAAGACACUUUACGGUUAACCUUCCAGCCCAACACUUUGAUGUCCUCCACAUGAUUCUUCAUUCUGUGUGGCUAAGAAGACUUAAUGUUAAAUUGAACUCGGUCAACUGACCCCGUUUAUAGUAUUUUUUUUAACAUAUGUAGUAUUAUGGUGUCGAUAUACAUUGUAUGAGGAAUAUCAUACUUUUUUGUUUCAA